ACUUUCGGCAGUUUUUAGCUGCUAUUUCUACUUCAAGCUGCCCGCAAGGCAGAAAAACAGGAGUACGCACGCAUAAGCCAGCAGCGGAGCUUCAGCCAGCCCGACAUGUUGGUGUUCAAUAUUCAGGCAAUUUUUAAGACGGAGGCUUUGAGGAGGGACUUUUCCCAGGAAGGAAGGCGCCUCGAACAGCAACAAGCCGGGAAGCAACGUGGGCUAGGAAACUGUGUCUCUCUCUGUCUUGCUGGUGGCUUGUAGUUUAGGUUGAGGCUGCCGUUUUCACAAAAGUCCGACCCAGAGGGGGCUCUGGGCAACAUGAAAGUAGUGGCUUUAAUCAGUGGUGGGAAAGACAGCUGUUACAAUAUGAUGCACUGUGUUGCUGCUGGGCAUCAAAUUGUUGCCUUAGCCAAUUUAAGACCAGCUAAAAACCAAGAGGGAAUUGAUGAACUGGACAGUUACAUGUAUCAGACCGUUGGGCACCAAGCCAUCGAUAUAUAUGCUGAAGCAAUGGGCUUGCCUCUUUAUCGUCACACCAUUAAGGGUACCAGUGUGGACAUUGGCAGGACAUAUACCAAGUGUGAAGGAGAUGAGGUUGAAGACCUUUAUCAGCUUCUGAAAUUUGUGAAGGAUAAAGAAAAUGUGGAUGCUGUUUCAGUAGGAGCCAUUCUUUCAGACUACCAACGAGUUCGCGUGGAAAAUGUGUGCAAGAGACUUGCCCUGCAGCCUUUAGCUUACCUUUGGCGCCAGGAUCAAGAAACUUUGCUUAAAGGAAUGAUAUCAUCAAACGUCCAAGCUAUAAUCAUAAAAGUAGCAGCUUUUGGUUUAGAUCCAGAUAAACAUCUAGGAAAAACACUGGAUGAAAUGGAACCUUAUCUUUUGGAACUCUCUAAGAAGUAUGGAGGCCAUAUCUGUGGAGAAGGUGGAGAAUAUGAAACAUUCACUUUGGAUUGCCCUCUGUUUAAGAAGAAAAUAGUGGUGGAUUCAUCAGAAGUGAUUGUGCAUUCAUCAGAUGCAUUUGCUCCUGUGUCUUACCUUCGGCUAACAAAAUUGCACUUAGAAGAUAAGGUGCAGUCUUCAGGCAAAAUCCUGGCUGGGAGCUGUUCUUGUGAGAUAAAGCAGUUUGAAAUUACAAAACAUGACACUUCAGUGGAGGAACAGAAGGAAAAUCUGUGCAUCACCUGGCGCUCUUCCCAACCUGCCUUUGAAACGUCCAGUGAGACACUUGAAUACUCGGGGAAGUCUUCAAAAGGUUACCAGUGGAUAUCAGGCAUCAGGGCUUAUGUUAAUCCGAAAGAAGGAGCAAAUGUGCAAGAAUCGGCUAAAGGUGUCUUUUCAUCACUGUCAGCUCAUCUGAACUCAAAAGGACUGGAAUGGGCAGAUACUAUAUUGGUUCAUCUAUAUAUGAAGAGCAUGAAAGAUUUUGAUACUAUAAAUUCUGUCUAUAUGACAGCAUUUGAUUUGUGUCCCCCAGCAAGAGUUUGUGUUGAAGCCCCUUUGCCAGAAGGAGUGUUGUUUCAGAUGGACUGCCUUCAAUAUCAAUCUGAUGGGAUGAUUGGUGAUGUACCCAGCUGUGAGAAACAAGUUAUGCAUGUACAGAGCAUCUCUCACUGGGCACCUGCCAACAUAGGACCUUACAGUCAGUGCAUACAGGUUGGAGAUGUUCUGUACUGUGCUGGACAGAUUGCAUUAGUGCCAUGCACUAUGCAGCUUGUAAGUGCUGGUGUUGGAGCAGAAGCUGCUGUUUCCUUAAGCCACGUGGAAAAAGUCUUGAAAGCUAUGAGCCCCCAUGCUGAACUUAGCCAUGUACUUAUGGCAAACUGUUACGUAACUGACAGCAAGUAUAUUUCUGUCGCUCAAGCCGAAUGGCAGAAGAAAUUAAGAGAAUAUAAAAAGGCCAAAGGUGAAGAUAUGAGGAAAGAUGAACUUCCAGCACAUGAAAUCCUAGCUGUGGUCGUGGUGCCUUUCCUUCCCAGAGCUGCAUCCAUUGAAUGGCAUGUCAUCGCAGUAGUUGAUGAGCCACAGCAAAGGGAGAAACGGGUGCUGAUGAGAUCAUUGGAGAGCUGCCAAAUUAAAUGUGAAGCUGUGCAGUCCUGUGCAGCCCAUACUAUAGCUGUUGCCAUAUCCUUAACCAUGACUUCAGCAUCACCUUCUACAAUCAAUUUAGACAGAGUCCUACACAACAUGGUUGAAAUGUUUAAGCAAGUUGUAGAGGAGAUGGCAGGAGAUGGUGACACAAUCCCUUUGGGGUUUAGAACUUUCUACAGGACGGAUGUUGUUGGAAUGGCAGCACUGAAAGCAGGACUCCAAAGACAUCUUGAAGAACAAAUGGGCAAGAAAUCACCAGCUGUAGUUAUGGUACCUGUGACGGAUUUACCUGGCAUGAAAAUUAUUCAUAUAGCAUGCUGGCUCAGCCCAUAGUUCAGCAGCAUCUGUAACUAGGAUGUACAUCCUACUAAGAGGAAGAAGACACUGCGUGGUUUUUUUUAAAAAGGCAUACAAAUGUGUGAUAUUAACAAGCAAAACCAUACAUGGAAAACUGUGGGGGGGGGGCGUAUUAUUUUCUCAUUUUUUUUUCUAUGGAAAUUUUGAAAGUCAUCACCAGCAUUGAACAUGGAGUUAGGAGAUGACAUCAGUAACUCCAAAAUCUCUCUGGCCCAUUAAUUUUUGUACCAGAUAACAGUAGAUCGAAUAAAGAUCUUGUUCCAAGGUGAUGAGUCACCAGCCAUUUAUACCAAUACAUUAAGCUUAAUGUACUUUCACAUCCUAAAUAGAGCAAAUGGUCUUAUAUUGCCCAGGAUCCAAAAUGUUGCAACAUAUGAAGUGCCAUCAGCAGCUACAUAAGGGGAAGAAUGGCAAAAACUCAAGGGACUCAUUCACAUCUCAUAAUUGACAGCAGGAAAACAUAAUUGAGUACUUAGAUUGGAUUGGAUCUUCUUAAAACCUAGCAUUCCAGAAAGUGCCUGCUGGCAUGCAUAUCUCACAAAAUCAACUCCCAUUACAAUUGAACUACAGAUAAGCUUUUACCCAUUGAGCACACAGAGAGCUUUUUCUUCUGGGACUAAACAAGACAUGUGGGGCAUAAGAUAGGCUUACUCUACAGAGGUCCUCUCCCACAUGGCAGAAGAUACAGAUGGACAUCAUUUGGCAGCAGUCAUGCACAGUCUCCUAGCAUUCUAAUAGUUCUCUGAAUUAGGAUUCUUUCCUCUUCUGUAACUUGUCCAUAUGUAGAGUUUGUAAGAACAAAAAGUCCCAUGGCACCUUAAAUGUCUCUGCUGGGGCUACACUCCGUGCAUUUAAAGAUGUGAAUUACAGCAUGUAUAAAAUUAUACCAGAUAAAUUAUAUUUAUGUUUAGGGUUCCACAAGACCUUUUGUUGUGUCUUCUGCAAUACACUAACACAGUGGAAAAUUUAAAAUAUGAAAUAAUUUCUCUAAAGCCAUUUGAAUAAUUUUGACCAAAGUUCAUAGAUAUGGAUGGAUGCCAUCUACUUCUAAAAUAUUGGGUACAGGUAUAGUAAUAAUGACUGCUAAUUAAUGGAUAUUCAAUAAUUUCACAGAUUGCAUGCAGAGUAUGCUGCUAAACUGCCCUCCAUAUUUUACUCCCAGUAUUUUAAAUAUGUUCUGACAUAAUGGUUUAUGGCUCAAGCUUUCAUUUUUUACUGCACAUAUGGUGAAUUGUACCAAUUGUCAUUCAGUGUAUUAUUGGCCAAAAUCUACUUGCUUGAUGUAGCUUAAAAAUAGUGUAACUUCUAGAAGUGAAUUUGCUCCAGUCAUUUUUUGUGAGUUGUGUGUUCCUGAUUCAACAUAUUGUAUAAUGUCUGCUGUGAUUUUUUUUUUUAACCUGAAGCAGUUUCCCUCCAAAACUGGCAUAACUACACAGGAGGAUUUGGGUCUUUCUAUUUUUGUAUGACUGACAGAAGUAUAUUUAUACAUGACUUCCAUGGUUGAACCUUUAGGGCCUCUGGCAACACACUAUGGAGACAUUCAAGGGAAAAUUAGACAAUGAUCUGCCAGAUGAAGUUUGAUUUGGAUUCCUACAUUGAAUAGGAGGUUGGACUUGAGGCCUUAUAGGGCUCUUCAAAUUCCAUUAUUCUAUGAUUGUAGGAGUCCUACAAAGCUAAUAAAUGCCAUUCCUCACCACUAGCACCACCAGCCUAACUAUUGAUAGUCCUCUCGUUUACCCAUUUAUCUUCCCAUAGCAUUGUUAUGUUUUCUAGAUUAAGCCUUAGUUUGUUGAUCCAUUUAUAGCCCUCUGUUCAAGACCUAAGCAGUUGCCUUUGAAUUUGUAGAUUGAAAUGUGAUGUAAGGUGAUGUGUUACUGGUGUAGUGAUAACAUAUUUGCACAAGAUUAAGAUGACUUUCCCAGGUGGCUGUUAAAGCAUAGGAAUCCUGAAGCACAAAGACCAUGGGUGGAACACAUGUUAACCAAUACAAACCUG